CACACCGAAAGUUGUUUUUCUCUCUCUCGGUCUAAACAAACGCGGUUGUGCGGAUUUAGUGCGGGUUUCGAAUUUUAUUCGUAAGUAAUCGCGUGUUCCGGUUCGGUUCGGUUCGGUUUCCCGUGUUUUUCCGUGUUUAUUCUUUUCUAGUGUUGUGAUAUUUGUUCCAAAAAUGAAAUCAAGUCCAGUAUCGAUGGUGAAGCAGUAACAUCCCAGUACAUAAGCAAAGCUCGCGAUCCUAAGACCUAACUCCGGCCCUCUUUUUUUGCUGCUUCUACAACCCUUUGGACACGUAGGAGCAAUUCGUUGUUGCCAGCAUCAGCAGCAGCAGCAUCGGAUAGUGGGGAAUGGUCGCACCGGACGCACGCUUGCCGACAUCAGCAUUAACAGCAACGGCAGCAUCAUCAACAUCAUCGACAGAGUAUCAUCAUCAGCGCUGUCGUCGCCAGUCGUAGACAAGCAUUCGGGGUGAUUGGAUGCGCCUUUGGUUCGGUAUCACUUUGACCCAUACGCGAGUAGCAUCAUCUUCCAUUUCUCUAGUGAUUCAUCAUAUUCGAGGCAAACAAAUAAGAAAAAAAAAACAAAACGGCACGGUUUGCUCUUGUGGUGUGCAAAAGGAGUGAAGAUUGUGGUACAAUACGCACGCCACGUGGCGACACUGGUAUGCAGGUAGUAGCUUAGUAGCAGCAACUGAAUGGUGGUGAUUGAAAACAUAUCGUGUAACAGAUUAGCAAGCAGCUAGUGAUAACGAUCGUUCAACUAUUGUGGUGGACCGUGCUGGUGUAAAGAACGUCCGAAGUGAACGAAACCAUCACGAUGGUUAUUUCGAAAAUUUGCUGCAUCGGUGCAGGAUAUGUGGGGGGGCCUACGUGUAGCGUGAUGGCACUGAAAUGUCCGGAUAUUCAGAUAACGGUCGUCGAUCGUAGCAUCGAACGGAUAGCCCAAUGGAACUCGGACAAGCUGCCAAUAUACGAGCCCGGUCUCGAUGAAGUGGUCCGUCAGUGCCGCAACCGUAACUUGUUCUUCUCCACCGACAUCGAAAAGGCAAUCCAGGAAGCGGAACUCAUCUUCAUCUCCGUCAACACGCCCACGAAAACGUACGGCAAUGGACGAGGCCGUGCGGCGGACCUGAAGUACGUCGAGGGUUGUGCUCGUAUGAUCGCUGAAAUGUCCCAAAAUAGUAAAAUCGUGGUGGAGAAAAGUACGGUGCCGGUACGGGCUGCUGAAAGCAUUAUGCACAUCCUCAAGGCAAACCACAAACCAGGCGUCAAGUACGAUAUCCUAUCCAAUCCCGAGUUUCUUGCCGAGGGAACGGCAGUGGAGGAUCUGCUCAAGCCCGAUCGUGUGCUGAUCGGUGGCGAACAAACACCCGAAGGGCAGGCAGCGAUCGAAAAGCUUUGCUGGGUGUACGAACACUGGAUCCCGAAGAAGAACAUCAUCACGACCAACACCUGGAGCUCGGAGCUGUCCAAGCUGGCAGCGAAUGCAUUCCUCGCGCAACGCAUUUCCUCGAUCAAUUCACUGUCCGCGGUGUGUGAAGCAACCGGCGCGGACGUAUCCGAGGUUGCCCGAGCCGUUGGGUUAGAUUCUCGUAUUGGGCCAAAGUUUCUGCAGGCAUCGGUCGGAUUCGGUGGUAGUUGCUUCCAGAAGGACAUCCUAAAUCUGGUGUACAUCUGCGAGGGUCUAAACCUACCGGAGGUGGCCGCGUACUGGCAGCAGGUGAUCGACAUGAACGACUACCAGAAAACGCGCUUCUCGCAAAAGAUCAUCGAGUGUCUGUUCAACACGGUCACCGACAAGCGCAUCUCGAUACUGGGCUUUGCGUUUAAGAAAAACACGGGAGACACGCGCGAAACACCCGCCAUCACCGUUUGCCGGACGCUGCUCGACGAGGGCGCACAGCUCAACAUCUACGAUCCGAAGGUGGAACCGGAGCAGAUCAUCGCCGACUUGACGCACCCGAAGGUUACCGAGAGCCCGGAACACGUGAAGCGCGCCGUACAGAUCUUCGCCGAUCCGUACGAUGCGGUCCGGGGCACGCAUGCCCUCGUCGUGUGCACCGAAUGGGAUGAGUUUGUCGUAUGUCAUCAAUGCCACCGUCAUCUCGCGUCGAAGCCGACCGUUACGGAUCAAAAUUACCACCACCUUCCGCCCCACCAUCCUUCGUCACACCACGAACCAAGGUGCCCGGUCGUUUCUAAUACUGUACCCGUUGUCCCUUUUGCUUUCUUCCCGCAGAGUCUCAACUACGAGCGAAUUUACGCGUCGAUGAUGAAGCCGGCGUACAUCUUUGAUGGUCGUAAGAUUCUGCCACACGAACGGCUCCAGCAGAUUGGGUUCCACGUGCAGACGAUCGGGAAGCGGCUGUUGCAGCAGCAGCAACACGACCCAACCGUGCGGCCCUUCCCGAGCCACCUGACCAAUGGGCACGGGUAUGGUGCGCUGCCGGCGAACGGAGACGGUCCGAGUGCGCAGGCCUAGUAGCUCUGUUGCCUCGUAGAUAGUAGUGCCGCUAGUGACAUCGCUUCACCCGUAGACCCGAACGCGGACCGUGACAGUGGCGAUGCAAACCAGCAACAACAAGCGCACCAGCGUCGCCUAGCAUUUGAUGCCGCUGCCGGCUGGUGGCAGUGCUUCCUGCGCAUGGACUGUACCGGUACGUCGACGAAACCACCCGCCGCCACAACAAGUGAUGGUGAUCGGCCGGGCCGCAUGGAUCGACGAUCCACACCACCGCCUGCACCACCACCGACACCGCACCGCUUUCAGAUCGGUUGCCGCAUCGUUCGUACCGUGCGCACCAGCGUGCAGAGUGACGCCAUUCUCGGCGGUGUCACGUCCACGGUAGAAAGCCUGCUGGGGCAACGGCCGCGCAGUCGUACGCGAAGCACACCCGGUGGGAGCACAUCCGGUGACGAUAACAUUACGAUACCACCGGAAGAUAGAAAGUAUUACUACUGAUCGGAAGGCGCGGUUGGGGUGUACGUACGGGUCUGAUUUUGCCUGCAUGGUACUGCUUUUCUCGAGGGCUCUAUCCUGAUGACUCUUCUCCUCAUAUCUUUCUUCGCUUCCUUCGCGUAGCAUUAAGCUUAAGAUGAUCGAAUGAGACGGCGGUAACUAGUAGGCGUGUGACAUCACAGACCGCAUAUGGGAAGAUGUGUAAGGUUUUUGUAGGUUAGGGAUUAUGGUUUAUCCUCCACACGCACGCACGGAUUGCCUAAUCGAAACGAAUCUAUACUCAAGUAGCACUUUCGUAUUAUAUUUCCCUUCCCCCUCCAAGUGUAUGUAUCCUUCCCCUCCCUUUCCUGCGUCCGCUUCUAUGUAGCUGCAUAGAGAAAAGCCAGCUCGAAAUAUUCACUACGUUUAGUGUGAACGCUAGGAUAAGUAAGACGAUCGGGUAGUAUACGUUCGAACGUAUGUAGCGAAUGGCGGAUAUAUUAUUAUUAUUACUACUACUACUACUACUACUACUAACCGUAGAGGCGCUUUUCGCUGUAGUAUUUUUGCAUUUCUUUACUUUUGUAUGAAAUCCCAUAUAACGUAGAAAAGAAGAUAUUUGCUAAGAACGUGUAGUAUUUUCUAUUGUAAGACACGCAGCACAGCAAACACACACCACAGCCACAGUAUCGAACGAUUUUUCAUCAGUGAAUCAACGGGCACCACUACCAUACACACAUAACCACGUAUCUCCCUGCUCGUGCAACACGUGUGUGCUAGAAUGUAACGUUGAUUUGAUAGGGGGUGGAAAUAAUAAUGGGACAUUAAGUAGGGGACACGUUUUGGAACACUCGUGCAAUAUAACGCAAGAAGCGCGAUCCGUCGGAUGUUUUGUGAAACAAAACAAAUGUAAUUGUUUCGCACUAUAUUCAAGAAAAAUCAAUUUACAUUCAUUUUUUAAGAUGUUCGAUCAUAUUCCGGGUACGCUUCGUACCAUUACGAUUCGUAAAAAAAACAACACAACAAUCUGCGAUUAGAUAGUAACGAUUAUAUGAUACGGGAAGGGCGUAAAAACGGCGCAUCACGUGUACCAGUUGUGAGAAUAUAAUAUUAAAAUAAACGAUUCAAUCCACUACGAUGAUACGACAAA